AUGGAUGACUCCACAGGGGAGCAGUCACGCCUUUCUUGCCUCAAGACCAGAGAAGAAAUGAAACUGAAGGAGACAGUCUCCAUCCUCCCCCAGAAGGAAAGCCCCUCCGUCCGCUUCUCCAAAGAUGGAAAGCUGCUGGCCGUGACCCUGCUGCUGGCCCUGCUGUCCUGCUGCCUCACGGUGCUGUCUUUCUGCCGGGUGGCCUCCCUGCAAGCGGAGCUGGGGAGCCUCCGGGCAGAACUGCGGGGGCUGCCAGGCGCCCCCCAGGCGGGAGCCGCAGCCCCCAGGGCCGCCCUGCGGGAGGCUCCAGCGGCCACCCCCGCCCUGAAAGGUAUCCUUGCACCACCAGCUCCAGGAGAAAGCAACUCCAGCCAGAGCAGCAGGAGUAAGCGUGGCCUGCAGGAUGUAGAAGAAACAGUCACUCAAGACUGCUUGCAAUUGAUUGCAGACAGUGACACACCUACUAUACGAAAAGGAGCUUACACGUUUGUUCCCUGGCUUCUCAGCUUUAAAAGAGGAAGAGCCCUAGAAGAAAAAGAGAAUAAAAUAUUGGUCAAAGAAACGGGUUACUUCUUUAUAUAUGGUCAGGUUUUAUACACCGAUAAGACCUUUGCCAUGGGACACCUAAUACAGAGGAAAAAAGUCCAUGUCUUUGGGGACGAGUUGAGUCUGGUGACUUUGUUCCGAUGUAUUCAAAAUAUGCCUGAAACACUACCCAAUAAUUCCUGUUAUUCAGCCGGCAUUGCAAAGCUGGAGGAAGGAGACGAACUCCAAUUGGCAAUACCACGCGAAGAUGCUAAAAUUUCCCGGGAUGGGGACGCCACAUUUUUUGGUGCACUGAAACUUCUGUGACCUACUUACACUUUGUGUGUGGCUAUUUUCCUCCCUUUCUCUGUACCUCUAAAGUUGAGACACUUAACUGGAAAUACCAAAAGGACAAAAAAAAAGUAGUUACCAUAACCUUUUCUGGGAGCUAUUUGUUUUGGUUUGCUGAAACUAGACCAAAACAGGAAAUUUAACAGACAACCACAGCCAGAGGGUGUCAUAUGAAUUACAAGAACUAGAGCCCAUUUAAGGAAAAAUAGAAUUAGAAAGACUUCUCACUAUAAUGCCAUGUUGAACAACUUAGUCAUAGUUGCUUGCCUUGGAAGAAACACAAGAUUCAAAGGGGCAGUCAUCGUUUCUUCAGAAAUGGUAUUUCACUGUUUGGUAUAGAACAGUGCCCAUGCCUGUAGGAGAUUAGGGCAUUUGGGAGAAAUCUCAGGAUUUAUCCUCUAUUUUUAUGUUAAAUACCCUUUCCCCUUUUCCAGUUAAUAUUGUGGAAAUGGGGGAAAAAAAGGGUAGAAAUCUUGCAUUCCAUACAUGAAAAAGUAACUAAAAGCUUGAAUUUAAAUAUCACAUUAGAUAAUCAGACUCAAAAUAGGA